GAUUGCAGGCAAAGGGUCUUUUUUGGGGGGGUCUCCAUUCACUUUUCCCCCUCAGUUUCUGAAAUGAUUCUCCAGAAUUUCUCCUCAUAAAAAAAAGGCCUGAAUGUGAAACUAGCUGGUGUCACAUCACUUUGACCUAAACAUUCCCCUCUGUGUGGCUGGGAUCGUUCUUAGAAAGCUUUUCUGUGUCCUCAUGUAGAAGAUAGACCAAAUUGGACAUCUUGAAAGUGACGGUCACCUUUGGGCAGAGGGCUCCUGGAUGCCUCUCCUCUAGGAUGAACACCGCAGUGUCGUGACCCUUGGGGUUUGGCGUGUCCUGGAGAUGCGAGAUUUUCCUUGUGCAGUCGGAGGCACACCCCCAGAGAAUGCGGGAGCUGCGAGAGGAAAGGACCCACUUCCACAGCGGAGAAAAACAAAGAGGAAAAAGGCACUCGGGUGGCCAGCGCUAAGGGACGCACCCAGGAGACAGUGGGCCCCCGCCCCCAGCAGCUUCUUUGGCUGCAGCCCGAGAGGAACUCGGGGAGCCGUCCCUGUGUGUGAGUGCAAGCUCAGGAUUUCAAUCAAUGCAUUCCAGUAACCCUAAAGUGAGGAACUCUCCAUCAGGAAACACACAGAGUAGCCCCAAGUCAAAGCAGGAGGUGAUGGUUCGUCCCCCUACAGUGAUGUCCCCAUCUGGAAACCCCCAGCUGGACUCCAAAUUCUCCAAUCAGGGUAAACAGGGGGGCUCUACCAGCCAAUCCCAGCCAUCCCCCUGUGACUCCAAGAGUGGGGGCCACACCCCUAAAGCACUUCCUGGCCCAGGUGGGAGCAUGGGGCUGAAGAACGGGGCUGGAAACGGUGCCAAGGGCAAGGGGAAAAGGGAGCGAAGCAUUUCCGCCGACUCCUUUGAUCAGAGAGAUCCCGGGACUCCAAACGAUGACUCUGACAUAAAAGAAUGUAAUUCUACCGACCACAUCAAGUCCCAGGAGUCACAUACACCACACUCGAUGACCCCAUCCACUGCGGUGGCCCCCAGGUCUUCCACCCCCUCUCACGGCCAGACUACUGCCCCCGAGCCCACGCCUGCGCAGAAGACUCCAGCCAAAGUGGUGUAUGUGUUUUCUACUGAGAUGGCCAAUAAAGCUGCAGAAGCUGUAUUGAAGGGCCAAGUUGAAACGAUCGUCUCUUUCCACAUCCAGAACAUCUCCAACAGCAAGACAGAGAGAAGCACAGCCCCUCUGAACACUCAGAUACCUGCCCUACGGAAUGACCCAAAACCUCUUCCACAGCAGCCCCAGGCCCCAGCCAACCAGGACCAGAAUUCUGCCCAGAACACCAGACUGCAGCCGACUCCACCCAUUCCGGCACCAGCACCCAAGCCCGCCGUGCCCCCACGUCCCCUGGACCAGGAGAGUCCUGGGGUAGACAAUAAACUCAUUCCUCCGGUGGGCAGCCCUGCCAGCACCACCCCGUUGCCCCCAGACGGUACUGCGCCAAACUCCACGCCCAACAACCGAGCGGUGACCCCGGUCUCCCAGGGGAGCAGCAGCUCUUCAGCAGAUCCCAAAGCCCCUCCACCUCCACCAGUGUCCGGGGGUGAGCCCCCCACGCUGGGAGAGAACCCCGACGGCCUGUCUCAGGAGCAGCUGGAACACCGCGAACGUUCCUUACAAACUCUCAGAGACAUCCAGCGCAUGCUCUUCCCUGAUGAGAAAGAAUUCACCGGAGCUCAAGGUGGGGGACCCCCGCAGAACCCCGGGGUGUUAGAUGGACCCCAGAAAAAACCAGAAGGGCCAAUCCAGGCCAUGAUGGCUCAAUCCCAAAGUCUAGGUAAGGGGCCUGGGUCCCGGACAGAUGUGGGAGCUCCAUUCGGUCCUCAGGGCCCCAGAGACGUCCCCUUUUCUCCCGAGGACAUGGUCCCCCCUCCUUUGAACUCCGACCACCUGGACCACAUGACUCCGGAGCAGAUCGCCUGGCUAAAGCUGCAGCAGGAGUUCUAUGAGGAGAAGAGGCGGAAGCAGGAGCAGGUGGUGGUGCAGCAGUGCUCGCUGCAGGACAUGAUGGCGCACCAGCACGGGCCUCGGGGCGUGGUCCGGGGGCCUCCCCCGCCCUACCAGAUGGCCCCUGGGGACGGCUGGGCCCCGGGGGGCGCUGAGCCCUUCCCGGAUGGCAUCAGCCUGUCGCACUCUCUGCCCCCGCGGGGCAUGGCCCCCCACCCCGGCAUGCCCGGCGGCCAGAUGCGCCUCCCUGCCUUCGCCGGCAUGAUGAACUCCGACCUGGAGGGGCCCGGCGUGCCCGGCUCGGCGCCUCGGCCGGGGCUCUCCGGAGUCGGCUGGCCGGACGAGGUGGCCAAAAUCCCGGGGGAUGGCCGGAACUUUCCUCCCGGCCAGGGCGUCUUCAGCGGGCCCGGCCGAGGGGAGCGCUUCCCCAACCCCCAGGGGCUGUCGGAAGAGAUGUUCCAGCAGCAGCUGGCCGAGAAGCAGCUGGGCCUCCCGCCGGGCAUGAGCAUGGAGGGCAUCCGGCCCGGCCUGGACGUGAACAGGAUGGUGCCCGGCUCCCAGCGCCACCUGGAGCCGGGGAACAACCCCAUCUUCCCCCGGGGUCCGGCGGAGGGCCCGCUGAGCCCGUCCAGGGGGGACUUCCCCAAGGGCAUGGCCCCGCAGCUGGGCCCCGGGCGCGAGCUGGAGUUCGGGCUGGUGCCCGCCGGGCUGAAGGGCGACGUCAGUCUCAACGUCAGCAUGGCGUCGGGCGCCCAGAUGAUACCUCAGAAGAUGAGGGAUGCCGGGGCCGGCCCCGAGGACAUGAUGAAGCUGCGGCCGGGGAGCUCGGAGCUGCUGCCCGGCCAGCAGAAGAUGGUGCCCCUGCCGUUCGGAGAACACCCCCAGCCCGAGUACGGCCUGGGGCCCCGGCCCUUCCUCCCCCUGGCCCAGGGGCCCGGCGGCAGCAGCAGCAGCAGCAGUAGCAGCUUGCGGAACCUCAGAGAAGCCGUCGGGCCCGACCAAAGGACUAACAGCCGGCUCAGCCACGUGCCACCACUACCUCUCAACCCCUCCAGCAACCCCACGAGCCUCAACCCCGCCCCGGCCGGCCAGCGGGGCCUGGGACGCAAGCCCUUGGAUAUAUCCGUGGCCGGAAGCCAGGUGCACUCGCCCGGCAUGAAUCCUCUGAAAUCGCCCACCAUGCACCAAGUCCAGUCCCCGAUGCUGGGCUCCCCGUCGGGGAACCUCAAAUCUCCUCAGACUCCCUCGCAGCUGGCAGGCAUGCUGGCGGGCCCGGCUGCUGCUGCUUCCAUUAAGUCCCCCCCAGUCCUGGGGUCUGCUGCUGCUUCACCCGUUCACCUCAAGUCUCCAUCGCUUCCCGCCCCGUCCCCUGGAUGGACCUCCUCCCCCAAGCCUCCCCUCCAGAGCCCCGGGAUCCCUCCAAACCACAAGGCCCCCCUCACCAUGACCUCACCAGCCAUGCUGGGCAGUGUGGAGUCAGGUGGCCCUCCAGCUCCUCCGGCUGCCAGCCAGCCUGCCUCUGUGAAUAUCCCCGGAAGUCUUCCCUCCAGCACGCCGUACACCAUGCCUCCCGAGCCCACCCUCUCCCAAAACCCGCUCUCCAUCAUGAUGUCUCGAAUGUCUAAGUUCGCCAUGCCCAGCUCUACCCCAUUAUACCAUGACGCCAUCAAGACAGUGGCCAGCUCCGACGAUGACUCCCCGCCCGCCCGCUCCCCCAACCUGCCCUCCAUGAGUAACAUGCCAGGAAUGCACAUUAACACCCAGCCUCCUCGAAUUUCAGGUCCCAACCCCGUGGUUCCGAUGCCAACGCUCAGCCCCAUGGGAAUGACCCAGCCGCUGUCCCACUCCAAUCAGAUGCCGUCUCCGGGCGCCAUGGGGCCCGGCCUCCCUCCCCACGGGGUGCCCGUGGGGCCAGGCCUGAUCGCCCACAACGCCAUCCUGGGCCACGGGGCCCAGGAGCCUGCCAUGGGGCCCCAGGGCCGCAUGGGCUUCCCCCAGGGCUUCCCCCCGGUGCAGUCCCCGCCCCAGCAAGUCCUGUUUCCCCACAACGGCCCGAGCGGGGGUCAGGGCGGCUUCCCCGGCGGCAUGGGCUUCCCGGGCGAGGGCCCGCUCGGCCGCCCGGGCAACCUGGCCCAGGGUUCCGCAGACGCCGCACUUUGCAAGCCGGGGGGCCCCGACUCGUUCGCCGUGCUGGGGAACAGCAUGCCGUCGGUGUUCACGGACCCGGAGCUGCAGGAGGUCAUCCGGCCCGGCGCGGCAGGCAUCCCCGAGUUCGACCUGUCGCGCAUCAUCCCCUCGGAGAAGCCGAGCCAGACGCUGCAGUACUUCCCGGGCAUGAUCGCCGCCGGCAAGGACCGGGGCCCCGCCGGCCUCUACAGCCACCCGGGCCCCGUGGGCUCCCCGGGCAUGGUGAUGUCCAUGCAGGGCAUGAUGGGACCCCAGCAGAGCCUCAUGAUCCCGCCGCAGAUGCGGCCCCGCGGCAUGGCCGCCGACGUGGGCAUGGGCGGCUUCAGCCAGGGCCCCGGGAACCCGGGGAACAUGAUGUUCUGAGCUGCUACCGUCGGAAGGCCGCGGCGGGACGGA